AAAGCGAAACAAUGUAAACUCGCGAUAUCAGGAUGGUUUGUACGAGUUUAGAGCCAUAGCUAGCUGAACCAAUAGUGAGAAGUGAACUAGGAAUUGAAGCGCAAACACGGAUUUCCUGUGGGAUAAACGCACAGGCCUGGCUGAUAUAACGAUGCCACACUCGAGACGGUACCCGUCCUCAGAAAGGGCCAGCCGGAGCAGCUAUCAAGACCGGGACAGAGACAGAGGACGCAAGCAGAGGCACCGCAGGUCGCCCUCUUUUUCCUCUAGCAGUGACCGGGAGAGGGAUCGGGACAGAGACAGAAGGGGACGGGGAAACCGACAGGAGGGAAGCUACGCUCGCUCCAGGAGCUACGAUAAUCGCUCGGCAGACCGCAGGCCAUACGACCGGCGCUACUGUGAGGGCUACCGCCGCCUGGACCAGAGCCACGAACGAGACCGCGGAAACCGGGAAAGGGAACAUGGAGGUGCACCAGCAGCAGCCGACGGCGGUUACUACGCACGUGACUUCUCACCGAGCAUGUGCGACUACCGGAGGGGGCGCGAGAGGGAACGGGAGGAGUCGUACCGAAGGAAGGGCAGCAGGCGUAAGCACAAACGAAGGCGGCGUAGAACCAGGUCCUAUAGCCCAUCCUCCUCGCGGAGUGACAGCCGGACGCGGGCACUGAGUGUGAGGGACGACGAGGAAGGGCACCUGAUCUGUCGGAGUGGGGACGUCCUGCAAGAGAGAUAUGAGAUUGUCAGCACCCUGGGGGAAGGCACCUUUGGGAGGGUGAUGCAAUGUAUUGACCAUCGUCGGGGAGGGGCCGCUGUUGCUCUAAAGAUCAUAAAAAAUGUGGAGAAAUACAAGGAAGCAGCUCGUCUGGAGAUCAAUGUGCUGGAGAGAAUCAAUGAGAAAGAUCCGGAAAACAAACACCUGUGUGUGCAGAUGUAUGACUGGUUCGACUACCACGGCCACAUGUGUAUCUCCUUCGAGCUGCUGGCCCUCAGCACCUUCGACUUCCUCAAGGAGAACAACUACCUGCCCUAUUCCAUCGCCCAGGUCCAACACAUGGCCUACCAGCUAUGCCUGUCCGUCAAGUUUCUUCAUGAUACCAAGUUGACGCACACAGACCUGAAGCCAGAAAACAUCCUGUUUGUCAAUUCCGACUUCACUAUGACCUAUAAUGUAGAGAAGAAGCGCGACGAGCGGACAGUGAAGAGCACGGACGUACGGGUGGUGGACUUUGGUAGCGCCACAUUUGACCACGAGCACCACAGCACCAUCGUCUCCACACGGCACUACCGCGCCCCGGAAGUCAUACUAGAGCUGGGCUGGAGCCAGCCGUGUGAUGUGUGGAGCAUCGGUUGCAUCCUGUUCGAGUACUACCUGGGCUUCACCUUGUUCCAGACUCAUGAUAACAGGGAGCAUCUGGCCAUGAUGGAGAGAAUACUGGGGCCGGUGCCCUCCAGGAUGAUACGCAAGACAAGGAAGCAGAAAUAUUUUUACCGUGGCCGUCUGGAUUGGGACGAGAGCUCGUCAGCUGGGAGAUACGUGAGGGAGAACUGCAAACCCUUACGGAGGUACCUGUUGUCGGAAGCCGAGGAGCACCAUCGGUUGUUUGACCUGAUUGAGAGCAUGCUGGAAUACGAGCCCGCUAAGCGCCUGGCCCUGGCAGACUCCCUCAGACACCCUUUCUUCGAAUCGGGGACAGCAGGCGAUGCGGUGGGGGGGAAGAGCUGGGAGGGCAACCGCGACAUCAGCCGGUGACCCGGGACCUCCACAGACUCUUAACGAUAGAGCAAUUUUUCAGGUGGAGCAGACCGAUACGACCACUUAAGGCGGUACGGCCAAAUUUGAUGGACCUUAUCAGUCUGUCUGAAAUUCAUUGGCCAUUCAUCACAGCAUGGACCCGUUUCCUCCUGCUUACUGUACUGCCCCCACCCAUCUCCACAAUUAGGAGCGAGGCUCAUGCUGGCAGCUAGAAAACCAGAAGGACUUCAGAAAAAGACAGCCCUCCUUUUAGUCCUCUCGGCUUCUGCUCCAACAGAAGGCAUAUGACCAAGAGGGGAGUUUUUAGCCCAACCUUAGAUUACACAGCUCCAGUCUUCCGCAUGUAAAGGAAAGGACCGGCCUCGUGUAGUGGAACACUAGUGAGAGCAAGAGAAGCCUUGCUCUGAAAGCCAAUAUCGUGACCUCUUCAUUUGAGGUGAAACGCUUGGAGAAGAGGGGCACUGUCUUGUAUUUAUUUGGAAACUCAGCUAUCAAUCUUGGCUAAUGUUAGCCAAUCGACUGGCACGUUUCGUCAAUGAGUGAUUGCCACUCCACAUUUAUUGCUUAUAUAGGCCUCUCCUAUUGAUAUAAUAUAUCUACUGUAUCUCUGUUACGUUAUGCAAUGCUUCUGAGGAGAGGGAUUGAUGCCAUAUUAAUGUAAUAAUAGUAUUCACAACUGGACAUGUUUUCUCAGCUGGUCUUCAUCUAGUCUGGGGAAAUGACAGACACUCACAAAUCGGACCCCAUACAACAAACUGCAAACUGCCUUUUACGUGUGUGAUAGUAUCAGGCCUGUGGUCUGAGAUGAAGCACACACAGGGUCAUAAUAGUAACGUAUGGAACCCCAAUGCCACAGGCACACAGCAGCACACGGUUUACAGUAUUUAUUAUGAGAUGCUACCGCUGUUCAUCUCCUCCCUGUACAUUUAUUUUUUUUGUAUAAGAUUUAAAUGUAUAAAACUAUGUAUGAUUGUCGAAUUAAAGUUAAGUCCUCCUUUGCCAAGGCUUGUAGCGUCGUUGGUUGAGUUAUGGGGAGGCGUUUUUCUCUUAAA